AUGGCUGGAGACAAAGUCCUCGUCCUCUGCGCUACAGGCCCUGCCGGGAUUGUCCUGCUACGUGAGCUGCUGCACCGCAAACAUCCAACAAUUGCCUAUGUUGUUCAGGGUACAAUGGAGGAUACUGCGUCGUUAAGCGAAGUGAUUGCUAGAGCAUAUAUCAUUGUAUCCCUCCUCGGCCCCAAUGACAUGCGGGGGCCUAUGCCAUAUCCCGAUUACUAUUCGUCGAUGUUUCCACUAAUGCGGGAGCACAACGUCAAGCGCAUCCUGGGCAUGUGCACUCCAGCCGUCGCUGAUCCCAGAGACAAUUUCAGCAUGCUUGUCAAUAUCUUCAUACAACGAAUCGUUCAAUUGCUCGCACCCAGUGCAUAUCAAUGCAUGCAAACCAUUGCGCGGGUCUUCCGUGAAGAAGCUCAAGAGCUAGACUGGACUCUUUUCCGUAUCACGGCCAUACCUGGCAACGCUGAUAAUGAAAGCUGGGCAAUGGACCGCGUACAUUCCACCUAUGUUGGCUACGUUGGGGACAAAGGCUGGAAGUACUGGACGAAUCGGAGCGGACUCGCACGAUGGCUGGUUGAUACAGUGGAGCAAGGGCAAUGAAUGUGGAUUGGGCAGCUUCCUGCUGUUAGUGACCUCACCACCACCCAUUAAGUGAGGAAUUCGGAGUAGGGGCCGGGGGCAAUGAAACGGUCAAGUGGUCAAUUAUCGAAGCGACGUACGGAUGAUUGUUGUAACUGCUUUCUGCUGCUG